CCGUGCCGAAAGUAAAUAGACAACAAACAAGAUGGCGGGUUAUGGACCGCCGCCAGGACCUUAUGUAGGCUUUCAGCCGAGUGUUCAGCCUAUAGGAUUUGAAUUGCACCAACAGCCAGGCUAUCCACCUCAUGAUAACGGACCUGGCUAUCCAAACCCACCUUCGCAAGACAUCUAUCGUCCCACCACAAACGAGUACGCAAGCUACCCAAAUCCUGCAACCCCGUCUUACCAUCACCACGGUGGUGACGAUUCCGAUAACCUUCCACCUGUUGGCUUUGAAGGGAUUUCUAUGCGCCAAGAUCCUGACGUUGCGACAGCGUCAGGUGUCAAAAUCCAUGAAAAGUCCAAGGAAAGUCCUGUACCUCCACCAGAUUACAACCAGCCACUCGAGAGAGCCUCCCAUCGCGUACCGUCAACUUCAGAUGUAGAGCUCGAGAGAGGGAAGGAUUCUGAUACGCUGUUCUUUAAGGAUGGGAAGAGAAGAGUUGAUUACAUUCUGGCGUAUGAAAUUGAUACAACCAAAGACAGGGAGUGGCAACAAAAAAGAGAAGAGAAACGAAUUACAUUUGAGCAGAAUCUGGAAAGGGCUAAUUUAGAAUUGGAAGCAGAAGGCAUUGAGAAAUCAAGUAAUGGAAAGACAGCUUUUAUCAAGAUCCAUGCACCUUGGAAAGUCCUCAUCCAAGGUGCUGAGGAGAUGCUCAUGAAGAUGCCUAUCAGGGAGAAUGACUUGGACACAAGAGAUUGGACUGAGAGAUGUUUUGAUACCAUUGGAAUGCGUAAUCCAUUUGAACUCAGAGCUGAAGAUCUUCCAGAGCAGCCAAACUACUUCACUUGUGCCUUUAGAAAAGACAAACUUGACAGGUUUCUUAUUCCAGAAAACCAGGAUGAUUUCUUUACAUGUGCUCAGCGGAGCAGAAUUGUUCACAGAAUUUUGACAAGAACACAGUAUGGCGAGAAGAGGAAUCAGAUUGGCAUUGGACGCUUAAUUGGUAAUGGAUCUUACACUGCAGCUUAUCCUUUACACGAGGGCACUUAUGAAAUAGAUCAAUCCAAUGAUCCUCCAAGACCUGAAAAUGCCAGACAGUUGUUGUUUGACACCUGGGUUAAAGCACAUCGCUGGUACAAAAUGCAACCAUUGGAUCAUAUCAGAGAUUACUUUGGAGAGAAAAUUGGAAUCUAGUUUGCUUGGUUAGGUUUCUACACACGGGUGUUGCUCCCAGCAGCCAUCAUGGGCCUUGUUUGUGUGAUUUAUGGACUUGUCAGACUGGAGUCUUACAUUCCUGUAAAGCUUCAGAACUGGUGGAGACGCCGUCAGAAUAUUGAAACCCCCGACUUGACCGAAUACACACGUUGGGAACUGGACUAUGACUUGACUCAGUAUCCCGUGCACGGGUUGUUUUAUGAAUACCUUGAGAUGGUGAUCCAGUAUGGCUUUGUGACACUAUUUGUGGCCGCCUUUCCACUUGGACCGUUCUUUGCCCUCAUCAAUAACUUGUUGGAAAUUCGUCUUGAUGCUUACAAGUUUAUCGUGGUUUUUCAGCGCCCAAUGGCAGCUCGUGCGCAGGAUAUAGUUCGUUUUUCAGAAGUUAUCUAUCCAGUUUUAUCGUCUACAUGUACUAAUGCCCUCUUCGAUUCUCUUCAGGUGGCUUACGUUUUUGACAAUGAGUUUACUGUGAUUUUUGCCAUUUUUAUGUCGAUUUGGGCCACCAUGUUUCUUGAGUUUUGGAAGAGGCGGCAGGCAGAGAUUGCUUACGAAUGGGAUCUAUUGGGAUAUGAGGACGAAGAGGAACAACCUCGUCCUGAGUACGAGGCAGUAGCGAUGGAGAGCCGUUUGAACCCCAUCACGAAAGUGGAAGAGCCUUUCAUAUCGCUUGGGAGGAAAGUGCCCAGAUUUAUUUGUAGUUUUAGUUUCAUCAUCUUCAUGCUGGCGCUUGUCGUCAUCACCGUGUUUGCUGUUGUAGUAUACCGUGUUGCAGUAUACGCGGUGUUAGCCGCACGCAGCGACUACAACAUGAGAGCUGUAAACAUGGCCACGUCCGGCACUGCAGCUCUCCUAAAUCUCAUUACCAUCAUGCUCCUCAACAAGGUUUACGAAAAACUGGCUGAGAUUUUGACACGAUGGGAGAUGCCUCGCACCCAGACGGAGCUUGAAGACAUCUUUUCAUUUAAGAUGUACCUUUUCCAGUUUGUGAACUUCUAUUCGUCACUCUUUUAUAUUGCUUUUUUUAAACUCAGGCUCUUCGAAUGACAUGCAGAUCGUGAUCUUCCCUCAACUAUUUGCUGUUGCACGGUUCUGCUGUUGUCUUGUUUCUUUGUGAUGCUG